GUCUGUAUUAUGUGUUGCAUACACGUCAACUCAGCUGUACAACUGCAGCAAAUUGACAUUAGUAGGGAGGUUUGUUGAUAGUAGUAAAGUUGAUAAAUUAAUCCACUCUUGUUUGUUAUCUGUUGUAAUUGUGCAAUUAGGUUAAAAUAACGCGUGUAUUUUGGAACUUUACGGGUAUCAAUGUUUUAUACGGCUUGAGUGUACAUUCUUAGAACAUUCCAGCGAAAAUGAGCGUCUUGAGCCCGUUUGUGUAUUGGGCUCAAAACGAGGACAGUUUGUUCAUAAAGGUGGAUCUCAAAGAUGUACAGGAUCCUAAAAUUAAUAUUGAAAGAAAGAGGCUGCAUUUUCUUUGCAAAGGAGUUGGGGCUCAGGGACUGCAAGACUAUGAGUUUCAGCUGAAUUUCCAUUGUGAUGUUCAAGAAAACGGAAACAACUUCGUAAAGCUCUCCGACUACAAGAUUGACCUGACCUUGAGAAAAGCAGAGAAAGGUUGGUGGCCAAGAUUGACGUCUCAGCCUCAGAAACCUGCGUGGUUAAAGGUCGAUUUUGAUAAGUGGCAGUCAGAGGAUGACGUUAUUGAAGAGGAUGUUGGGGAUAUUAGGGAUGAUUAUCCCAAUUUGUAUGAGAAGUUGAUGAAGGAAGAAUAUGGGUAUAGAAAAGAGGAUUUCAAGAAGGUCUACUUGACCCUGUACAAUCUGUUUAUGUAUGUGGGUUUCAUGUACAUUACGUCAGUGCUGUGCAUCAGAUAUGCAAGAGAAGGCACAGAUUUCUUUCCUACUGUAUAUGAAUCAGUGGGACAUGUUAUGAAAUACCUACAGAUUCUACAGAUUCUGGAAAUUUUCCACCCGUUGGUAGGGUAUGUGAGAGGUGGGGCGUUCGUACCAUUUUUACAAAUAGUCGGUAGAUUUUUCAUACUGUUUCUGAUGUUGGACAAUGAAGCGAGAAUACAGAAAAUGCCUGUUACGUUUUACUUGUUUCUCGCCUGGUCCGCUAUAGAAAUCAUCAGAUAUCCUUACUACAUGUCGCAGCUGUACAAAAAAGAGAAUUCGCUCCUAACAUGGCUGCGAUACAGCGCCUGGAUUAUUCUCUAUCCCAUAGGCUUCACCUGUGAAGCAGUGAUAGUUUUCAGGAACCUCAUUUUCGUCGAGGCCAGCGGAAAAUGGACGCUUUCCAUGCCCAACGCUCUAAAUUUCACUUUUCAUUUCCCGACUUUCCUCAGGAUCUAUCUACUUUUCAUCAUGAUUCCAGCUAUGUACACAUUGAUGUCUCACAUGUACAAAACGAGGCAGCAAAAAUUGGGGAAGAGUAAGAGGAAGUUUAAAGUGUAAUCAAGUUGGUGAAGUGGCGUUUUUUUCUAGUCAAAUCGAGUGUUUUUUGUCGUUUGAUAUGUUUUUUUAUAUAAGUUUCAAUUUUAUUUUUUUAGCAAAUAUUUUCUUUCCAGGAUUUUGGAUAUGUUAUUGUUUCUUUUUCCUUUUUUUCAACAGCCUUACUGGAGGAACGUUCUUAAUAGUUUUGGUCUGAUUGUUUCGUGGUGUUUCAAAUUGGGUUUUCAAGAAAAGCAUUUUAGAAGAUAGAAAGUUAAAAGAAACAAGAAAUCACACGCUUCGUUCUUUCAUAAAAGUGGAAUAAUCACCAUACAAUUUUAGAGCUGUGCUAUUAUUUUUUAACAAGCUAAGAUUGAAGAAAAUUGCAUUUUUUUACAAAAAAACAACAUUAUUUUUUAGGUCAUCUCUAUACACACUUUAUCAUUUAAAGUAUAGUAUUUGUAUAUGCUAAAAAUAUGUUCCAUCAAAUAAAUUGUCCAAUGAACUCUUUUGACGGUAAACCCGAGCUUUCGACAAACUACGUUCCAUCUUCAGGAGCUAAAAAACAAUUAUGAAAAUAGCAACCAAUUUAGAACAUAUUUAAAUUUUCAAAUUACUUACUUUUCGGUGAGGUUGCAGCUAAAUGUAACCGUAAAAAAUCUUCAAGUCAUCUGUUAAAUUCAUCGGUGACAAUCGAUAUUAUUAACGAUGUCAUUAAUAAAAGUGAUGCAAAGCAGCGGACCCAGGCGUGAGCCUUGCAGCAUACCUGAAUUAGGAAAUAUUUCCUUGGAUUUUAUUCAAUAUAUUGCAUCCUGUCUGACAAAUAUGAGUGAUAAUAAGCUAGAAGAUAUGCCAGCAUUGACCUGUUUUGUUGAUAAGAUGUUGUGAUAAAGUUUGUUUGAGAUAUCUACUUGUUGGGGUUGAUUGAAUAUAAUAAAUGAAAUACAGAGAUGAAAAACUAGAAGACUUUGACAUAAUUCAAAGUGAAAUUGAGGAAUCACUUGAAUGUAUUAAUUAUACCUUGUCCAGCAUUUACAUCAUAUUGAAUUUACUAAUUCCAAGUUGUUUAUAAUUAUUUUGUUUAUGUAGCCAUACUUGAUAAAUAAAUCUAUUUACUACUACCAUGGAAUAAUCAGAUGAAAAGGAUUUAGAAUCUGAUCCAAGAAGGCAGUUGAAAAAAGGGGGCAUGCGAUGUUAAGUGAUCGAAAAUAUUUCAAACUAACAGUAUUUGAGACUCAUUAAAAUCCCAUUGAGUAAUUGCCUUUUAGUUUCUGAUAUAUCGUAAAUUUUGUUCAUUUUUGAAAGGUUUUAAAUAUAAAAAAUAAUCGAGACUUGUGAUCCAUUUCCGUAGUUAACAUUUCGCUCUUAUUCUAGACUGUAAGUAAUUAUAAAAUAGCUUAUGAUAUUUCAAGCAAUACAUUUUAAAAAUUACGAAAAUUUUUGUAUAGAGGCAGUGUUACACCAUAUUCUCGAAUAAAGUUCACAGUUUUUCCCGUGUAUUAUUUGACGAUAUUUACGAGAGAAUUGUCUCAAAAAUAACCUCCGAUCCGCGAAAAAAUUCCAUUUUUUUUCUAUUACAGGUAUAUACCUUUCUGCGCAUGAUCCUUUUUAUCAGUCUUUCCUCAAUUUCUUUUUUACGUUUUCGGUAAAAAUUAACUGUCAUUUCAAACGUAUUUGUGUCUGAAAAUAAACUCCCAACGUGACACCCUGUAUAAUAAUUUCAUGUUUUUUUUUAAUAAAAAAAUAUCAAAAAAUCCCUACAAUAAAAGACUUAGGAGCAAAUGGGAUGAAGUAAAAAAGACAUCUAUACAAUUUAGUUUAUUUCUUUCUCUUUCUGACGAAACACUCAGCAUCAAAGAUGUGUUGCCAAAUUACAUUAAACACAUCUAUCUCACACAUUUACGGGUAAAUUUAACAACACAAACUCCAGGAUUAAAUUACAAUAUGUAUACAUACACCGGAUCUAUGACGUCACUCCUACGAAUUUGAAGAACGACAAUUAUUUUCAUAGCUCGGGCAUUUUUUAUUGUUAUCGAGAAAAGCGAUCAAUUGUUUUAAAGAUCAUCAUUAUAGCGAGGUCUUUAUUUUCACUUUUCGGAUUUUGAUUAGGCAAAAAAUUAUUAAGGACAUAUUCCACUGAGAGAAAACAAAUAGACCAAUUUAUUGUGAAAUUUGUUAAAAAUGUUGUUUAAACAAAUUCGGGAGACGUCCAAAAAAUUUGUUUGAAAAUUCCCCGAGGAAAAGAAAAUCGGGUCAUCUAGUCAUGGUUAAACAAUAAACAGGUUGGUAAUUUUUUGGUUAAUUUCCCUUAUCGUUCAAGUGAAAAUUAUUGUUUACUUUGGAUGUCAAAUUCAUACAAGUGAUUGCGCAUAGAUCAUAGAGCCUGAUAUAGUCCAGUAAAGGUGGCUAUCUAAAACAUUUCUAAUAGUUUAUGUAUAAUUUCUGACAGCUGUCAGCCGUAGUGUUUUUUUUUUUAGCUUUCUUGGACUAUAUUUUCACAUAAAACAUGCACAAAAGUUCAGGAUUUCAUUCUUUCCAUAAAUUCGUACGAACAUACAAGAUCCUUUGUCGUUGGAAAUUGUGCAAAAAUUAUUUGGAAAUGUACAAAAAGACUGACUUGCAUUUUGCUAGAAAUGGCCGGUAAUAUAGAUAUAAUUUCAGUAGAAGUCAUUUUUACGGAUUUUCAAAAGAAUUUUGACUCGAAACAAUAAUUUUUUUGUACAAUUUCCACAUUUUCGGGUCAGCUAAAUUGUCAGGUAUUUAAAAUAACCUAGCACGAGUGUCAAUGUUGCUCCCUUAAAAUUACAAAUAGACAGUAGCUUUUUCUUAAGGAAGACAUUUUUGGCCAAAUCCAGCCUACAGACUGUUCUAACAACAGUAGAUAUAAAGCUAUAUAUUUAUAUUUAGAACUCAGUUGCUCUCGAACAGAUGAGGUUGUAUAGCUGUCUUUUUUUGGAAAAUAAAACAUGUAUAAAUAAUUUUUUCCUAGACUGGUCGCCGUAUAGGCUUUGUAGAUAAUCGUCUCCAGUAGCAACUUAUUUACGGUAAUUUUGUAAUGCACCAUACAUGUUUUAUUUCCUGUGUAGAAUAUAACACAGACCGAAAAAAGGAGAAUAAAUAUCCAGUAUUUCCGUAGCAGUUUGUUGGC